AUGGUGUCGAGUGGUGCUUCGUCGAGUAUAUCGUCAGAGGCCUCUUCCGAUUCCAUAUCACCGGCGGCGAAGUUUGUGCCCAUCCGACCUGCCUUCCGCCCAUUGCUGCCCAAGCCCUCCCCGGCCACAGGCUCGGAGCCGACAGUAGUGCUAAAGUCACAUUCGCGGUCCACGCCAAAGCUGAUGAAAAAACGCAAGUCCGACACUGGACCUCUAGCAAAUACAGUUGCUCCGUCCUCGCUUGUGUCUAAGCGCCGCAAGUCUCCGCCGCCGAGCGGCCUGGUCGACCAUUCGCGGCCCCGCCGCAGGAACACCAGCGAUUCGCGGAGCGACGACGACGAUCUCUCGUCAAAAGAGGGCUCAGCUUCGCCGAUAGACUCAAAGGGCCUGGUGUCCCCACCUCUCACGGCGUCGGUGUCCUCCUCGACUCUGUCGAUGCUGUCGAACAACGACGACUUUGACGGCCUGCUGUACUCGGCCGCAGCGGCCAAAGCCACCCUUAGCGGUCUCUCAAAAACCAAGCCGGUUCUAGUGCCUGCGUCGCCGCCCUGCUCCGAGCAGUCAGACAUCAAAAACGCCGACGUCUUGCUGACGAGCACCACCACGCUUGAUGCGUUCAUGGAGCCAUUGCAUGAUUUGACUCUGGACACUGCCCACCAGUCCUCACUGGCAUCGCCCUCGGAACAGUUUGACGCUCUCGAGGGCAUCAACUUUGAAGACCUUGACGUCGGAGCGUUCUUGGUCCCGGAUCAAACCAACGACGCCGACGCAAACGGCUUUGAUCCCAUGGAAAUCUUUGGUCCCCGUUUGGAUAUAUUUUGA